AAAAAAAUAAUAAACGAAGUGACCGGGGAGAGAAGGAUACCCAUUCCGCGACGCUCCCUCUCAAAUGUUGGCGUCUGCUUCAUCGUCAUUCUUGCUAUCAAAAGCCGCUCGGCACCUCAUCACUCCCUCUCUGAGAAGGUUCACCAGGGUUCCAGCAGUCGAGAACCCUCUCAGGACCUUCCGCACUAUACCGGUGUUCCCAAUCUCCUCCUCCAGCGGCAUGGAACAACAGGUGGCGUCCCACCCGGCCGCUGCUAGGGCAGGGUUUUCGGCCUCAUCCGCCGGUGGAUCUGUCCUAACCUUCCAGUUCUCUCCUCUGAGCGUCCUUAAGAUCCAGAAAGGAGAUAUCACCUUGUGGUCCGUGGACGGGUCAACCGACGCGAUCGUAAAUGCAGCUAACAAACAACUGCUUGGAGGUGGUGGUGUGGAUGGAGCUAUACAUAGAGCUGCUGGCCCAGAACUUCUUGAUGCAUGUCGUAAGGUACCAGAGGUCCGCAGAGGAGUACGCUGCCCCACAGGAGAAGCCAGAAUUACUCCAGCAUUCCGGUUGCCUGUUUUUUAUGUGAUACACACUGUUGGCCCUAUUUAUGAUGAAGAUGAGCACCCUGAGGUUUCUCUCAGUAAUGCAUUUAGAAAUAGCUUGAAGCUUGCCAAAGAAAAUAAUAUUCAAUACAUUGCUUUUCCAGCCAUUUCUUGUGGUGUUUACAGAUAUCCUUUCAAAGAAGCUUCCAGAAUUGCAAUAUCAGUGUUGAAAGAGUUCCCUGACACCUUUAAAGAGAUACAUUUUGUGUUGUUCUCCGAUGAGCUCUAUGGUGUUUGGCUUCAAACUGCAAGUGAGGAGACGGGGUUGCAAUUGCUUGCUUAAUGUGAGUAUGGAUGUAAUCGCAGCGAGCUGGGUUCAUUAUUUUAUGCCAUGAGAACCAUGCAUUGACCAUCUAUUUAAUCCAGAAUUCUCAAUCGUGUGUGUCCUGAGAUCUAUACAGGAAGCUCUGGAUUGCAAAGACUAUCUCUUGUCUGUGCAGUGGGAUUAGAUUAUGCUUAGGUGACAAUGACACCAAAAUGAUUUGAUGGGGUGUUUGGUUGAUGAGUUUGGGAAUGAGGGAAUAGAAUGAUAGUAAAAAAUAAUGUUUGAAUUGUGAGUUUGAGAAUGACAUUUUGGGAAUGAUUAUUAGAUUUAUGGGAAUCAUCAAACUCAUAUAACUUGAUGGGUUUCAUUUUCA